CGGGCACCGGAAGUUUACAUGUUGUUAGGUUUUCAGAAAUGUGAAAUUAGCGAUUUAUGCAUUUUAUUUGCAAGUAAUCAUUGCACUGCAUGUGAUGGGCCAUGGAGCGGCCCAUGACAUACAAGAGUGGCAAGAGCGGGAAAAGUGGCCUGGCUCUCCAGUCUAACUACUCUGUCCAGCAUCGCUCAGAUAUUCUCAUUGAAGAACAGGUUGACACCGUCCAUGCAAGCCAGUUGGCGCUAAAGAAGGCUCUUACCGACCUUGACCUUGCCCGUGGUGAGGAGGAGCUAGAGAAAUGUCAAAAGGAGUUGCAGGAGGCCAAGACGAAAACAGACAAGGCAAUACUUGUGCUACAGGUGCUGACGAAGGUGAACACUGAGCUGCAGUAUGCGAGGGCAGAACUUGAAGAGGCCCUGGAUAAACAGGAGGGGGAUAUCAAUGAGGCCCGGAAAAGGGUCAUGUGGCUGGAGGACAGGAUGGGCCUCCUCUGUGGAAAGGCCAGACUCAGGGGUCAGCCAUACACAAAGCCAAAGAAGAGCCAUCGUUCCCCAGAGCGCUCGUUGUUCCAGUCAAGACUGGGCACGGCCUCGGACAGUGACAGUGAUGAAGGGUUUAGUCGGGGACAGGCUCAGAAGAUGGGCAGAGGGAGGAUGAAUUCUUCGAGUGAGUCGGGCUCAGACUAUCCUGCCUUUCCCCAACAACAGAGAAUGGGAAUGGCCGACACACCUUCAUCAGAUGGAGGAGGAUACAUGAUGGCCCAGCAGCAGUAUGGUGCCCCGGGUCGGGGUGUGGGGGACAGUGACUCAGAGUCUGAUGAUGAAGGGAUACCACCACCUCUCCACGGCAUGCCUGGGUUACCUCCCAUUUCGGGGCCCGUUGUCAAACAUCAGGUAGCAGCCGAGUCACCUAUAUCUGCAGUAUCUGACAGAAGUGAUAUGCAGGAGGAGGGGCCAGCCUCAAUACAGCACAUGGCCCCACCCCCAGCGACAGCAACUGGGGGAGAAUCCCCCGCCUCCAUGACUGAAUCUCAGUCUGGUACUGAAUUUAGUGGCCAGGAGCAGGGGUACUAUCAAAAUAGAGAGGAGAUUCCUAAAGAGGACACAGGGAUUUCCCAGGCUGGAGAAGGGUAUUCCCUGGUUCAGAGAGAAGACAGUGCAGUGACUGCAGAAUCAAGUGCCAAAGUGAUUGACCAGCAAGCAGAGGAAGAGACAAAUGUGAUGGAACAAUCUGAGGGUGACCUUGAACCGGAGCGGAGUGAGGUGUCUGAGAAAAGUGAGAUGUCUGAGAGGUCAGAGAGUGCACGGAGCUCCUAUAGUGAGGUCAGCCAGAACCAGCAAGACCCAACCUUCAUGACACAGAUACCGAAGGAGAGAAGUGUAACAAUUAUGACCCCGAAGAGAAGAGGACUACGUAGGGUAACAUUUCGCGACCAUGUGUCUGUGAAAGAGUCGACGAAGAUGACGACCGAGAUGUCAAUGGAGGUCAAAGUCACUGAGGAGCAAGAGGAGGACUGCUCUCGUGACUACUGGCUGUCGGAGCACCACAGGUUUGAAUACUCAGAGUACUCUGAUGUUCUCCUGGAGAUUGAUCCUCUCUCGUAUCACAAUGUGGGACUGGCAAUGCCUGGAUCCUUCAUUCCCAAACCAUCCAAAAGUUUUGAGGCGUUACCAUGGAGAUCCAAAAGAAAAGGAAGUGACAUCAAUGAUAUUCAUAAAAUAGCCCUGGACAAGUUAGCAGGUCGUGUACAUCACCUUUAUGACAAGUUUUACGAUGCCAGUCUCCUGUCUGUUCGGCCCACACCUAAUAAUGAGGGCAAAACUCGCGAGUCUACACUCAUCUCAAACUUUGAUAACACGAGGGAUGGAGCAAGAUCAGGAACACCUCCUGGAAUGGUGACAGCCCCUCCCACCACUGCAGACGGGAUGUCCCGCCCCCAGACAGUCAUGGUGGAAAUCAAGCCCAGCAAGAUACGCCCAGGGCUCAAUGUGUAUCACCCAAAACCCAUACCCCCACCCGAGGUCCUGCCUCUCACUAGGACUAGCAAAGACAAGGAGUAUCCGCAGCUCUCCAACCGUUUCGUGGACGCGGACGACUUUCUCACCCACAAGCCCGCUGUGCGUAUCGUUGACCAGCGUCAGCUCUAUAAGGAGACGAAACUGCGUCUAUACCGGGACAAACCCAAGAAGGAGGAGGAGGGGCCUAGUACCAUGGAGAAGAAGUUCCGCAUGAUGCUGGAGCAAGAGAAGAGCAUGACGUCACGUAGCGGGCGAAGUUCCCAACAAACAUCUCGGACCUCUUCUCGUUCUUCAACGGGCAAAACCAGAGAGAACUCAGCCACUUUGUCUACUGUUUCUAAAUCAGUUUCUGUUGUUGGGAAGCCAGGGGCACCUUCCAACCGAAUGUCUGUACUGUCCAGAGCCUUCACAAAAGCGGAGACAGCAGCGGACAGUGAGGCAGGAGCGAGCAUUUGGUCCAAAAUGAAACCUAGCAGCCGAGGCAAGGAAUACAGUGGGCUCAAGUGGGAGAGAGUCAAGACCCUAGUCCAUGUGCAACUUGUGUCAAGGCGCCCAGAAGAGCGAAGGGACGCAGCCAAGCAUCUUGGUGUGUUGAGGUGUGGUGAUGCCAUGGUUUUCUUUGCUCUUAAAGAGAGGGUAAAGCUGGAUGAGGACUCCCGCACCAGAUAUGAGGCGGCUAAAUCUCUAAUUCUGCUAGGUUGUUGGGAUGAGGACGUGUUACAGGUGAUUCUCAAGUACCUCGUUGUUGGGAACCACGAGAUUCGUCAAGACCUCAUUCUCAACAUGAUUGAUGGAAAAAAUGUGCAGUAUGUAAACAAGAAAAUCCCCUCGUUUCCUGAGCUAGUGAAGGUGUUAAGCCACUUCUGUCAGAACCCCGACCCCGAUGACCAGAUUGCGUUUGAUGCGGCCGUUCUGCUCGGGAAAUUGUGUGUCCUAGAUGAAAAUGCCAAAGCUAGGCUUCUCCGAUCUCUUAACCAUACCAGUGACACACAUGUCAAAGCUAAGGCACUUGAAACCCUGGUAAAACAGCUGUCCAGUACAAGUUGGGACGUGGUUCAACAUCUUCUUGAGCUGUUCCAGAAAUCUUCGGUCUGGAAAUACAGGGCCCUGGCAGCUGAUCUCCUCAUAGUGCUGGGUAAGGAGCAUGUAUGUAGGAAGGGAGAGGAGGGUAGGAUUUACCAUAUCCUAGAGAGGAAACUCUGGGAUGACCCUAACAAGGAGGUGCGUGUAUCGGCAGCUAAGGCAUUGGCAGCUCUGGGAAUGUUCAGUAAGGCUUGUGAGAGGAUUGAAAAGCGUCUGGAAGACCUAGAUGAAGACAUAAGAGCACAGGCUGUCAUCAGUGUGGGUACCCUGGAGAUGAAGAAUGAGAAGAUUAUUCGGCUCUUGUUGGAGAUGCUGGAACUGGACCCCAGCGAGUAUGUCAGACUUAUGAUUGCAAGGAGCUUCACCAUUCUCAAGUUGACAGACAAGCGCGUUAUGCGUGCUCUACGUGAGAGAGACAAAGUGGAAGGGGCUCUUGCCAGGUCUUUUAUGCGAGACUUAACAAAGAGAAUCAAGGAAAGCGUUAAAAGUUCUGGAGUGCUUGGCCGUGCCCGUCCGGCUUACAACCCCUAUCGGCCGGAGGUCUACGGCGUCCCGCGCAUCUCUCCAGGGGGGGACAACUCCGCGCUUUACUCCUGCAGCGACCGCCUGAGACUUCUAAACCUCAUAGGACAUGUGCUCGACUGAUUUCACAUAUUUGCGCCAAAUUCUCGAGCAAUCCCAAGUCAUUUUUAUUUAAUUAAAGAAAUCUAGAGUACUUCUCCAAAUAUUGGUCUAUUCCUUUGUUUGUUUGUGUUUCAUCUGUAUAUUCAGCUCAAUCAUUUUAUUCAUGGAUUGUCAGUGCACAAGACAUAAACAUAUAUUUUUGCAAAGAGAAAGCAUUUCAGAUAAGCAUUUAUACUUACUUUACAGUGUUCUAGGUUAAUGAAGCUAUGGUCAUGGCCCCAAUUUCAUGAAACAAUUUAAGCCCCUUUUAACAGGAUUAAGCGAAGCACACUUUUUUCUUUGCUAUAAUAUGUGUUAUAUUUAUAUUCUUAAGAGUUUUUGGACUUGCAAAGCAAAUUAUCUCUCAUGAUAAUCAUGAAUUUUUAAUUUGUUUUAUAUUUAGUAAAAUCAAGAUAAAGGUAAAAAUUUAGUAGUAUAACUCAUUAAUUUAAACUUAUAAAAACACAUUUAUUUUAAUUUGUGCUAUAUGAGAUAACACAGCUACAUGUAUAAAGAAUGCCAAAUAUCAUUAUGUGUAUUGUGUAUUUAUGGUGAAAAUGGUAUUGUGUAUAAGCUAUGGGAGUCAUCUUGUCAACCAGGCAUAUGAUAAACUAUCGUUAAAUUCAGAAUUUCAGUUACAUGUUAUAUCCAGGUCCACAACAUCUUAAGUCCUCUAGAACAGGAUUAACACCAGCACCCUAUUUUUGAUUUGAUAUAAAUUGAGUAAUAUUCUCUUUUUAAAAGGCUUUGAGGCUCUAAAGGGAAAUCAUAUUUAAGUAAGUAAUUUUGUGAAAUGAUUAUAAGAUACUUAAGUGAGUAACGUUUAAGAAUUUUUGAGAAAUUUGGGACUGGAUUUCUAAUUUAAUUAAACUCUUGAAAAAUUAAUUGCAAAAUAUUUGCUCGUAGUUUAGAAUAAAUAAGAUGGCUCCGGGGUAAAUACCUAAAAUAUAUGAAUGUACCGAUGUUGUGUUAUGUCUGUGAUAGCUAUUCCAUGACCUCAUUGACAUUAAAAUCUCUCUUUAUUUUUACUUUUUGUAAAAUUGUGGGAAUUACCUUGUGUCCUAUGAAAUGAUUAUUACUCAGUCUCUUUAUUUUACUUUUUCAUUCUGUCUGUGAUAUUAUUGUUUUGUUUGACAAUUAAAGAUGAAAAAUGU